AUGACAAAAAAAGAAUGGGCACAAUGUCUUGAUCCCGGUCUUAUACCUGAAUAUUAUCUUUCUAUUGUUGUUGUGACUCGUAUGGAUAACUAUGCAGGCAACCAACAUCAUCGCUUUCAAAAUUUCAUUGAUAGUGCUUACUUACUAGCUGAACACUCUGAACAAAAAAUUGAAUUACUAAUUAUUGAAUGGAAUCCACCACCCAAUAAGAGAAGAAUACUAGAUAGUUUUAGAUUUCGUAGAUCAAAAUAUUUGAAUUAUCGUAUCAUUACUGUUUCGAAUAGAAUUCAUCAAAUAUUACCUAAUAAAGGUCAUGCUCCUUUACAUGAAUUUGAAGGUAAAAAUGUUGGUAUUCGAUUUGCUCGUGGAGAAUAUAUUGUCUGUACAAACCAAGAUGAUAUCUGGUCUCAUAAUUUUAUAAAUGCUAUAAAAUCUCGAGUUUUUAAAAAUGAAACUAUUUAUACGCAAUUUCAAAGUAGACACAACAUUCAUGAAAAUUUACCACCUAGCAUUGUCAAGUUGGAACCAUUCCCAGAUGAUACAACUUUAUUUGAAGCUUGUAAAUUAGCUGAUCAAGAUUGGGGGAAUUAUCAACUGCCCCCUUCUGUCCCUAUUUCGAAUAUAAAUUCAAAUAAUUAUUGGUAUUAUGGAGAUCAAGCAGGUGAUUUUACAUUGGCACAUAGAGAUACCUGGAAAGCAUGUCGUGGUUAUCGUGAAACAGGAGGUGUUGCUUGGAUGGAUAUUGAAUUCAUCUUGACAGCAGUGGGCACAUUUGACAUGGCGCUUGUCUAUAGUGGUGAUUCAUUUUCAUGUCAUCAAGAGCAUCCUAAUGAGUGGGAAAAGACACCAGAGAGACAUACAGAGACCUUGAAUGCUACAACUAUAGAAGAUAUAUUACAUAAAAGAAUUGCUUUUUAUAAUGAAGAAGGAAAAUGGGGGCUACAGAAUAUUGAUAUCUGGGAAGAAGGACUCAGCUGCUUUGACUUUCAAGGAGGGCUUUGUUGGUAA